AGCGCCUCGCCGGAGGAGCACGAGGAGUCUGAGCUCGGGUGAUCGGCAGCAUGAUCGCGGCGCGCUGUCUCCGGGCGGCAGCUGUGUGCUCUCAUCGCUCGUUACAGCGGAAUGUGUUCAGCAACACACGGACAGAGACGCAGAGGCUCUCUCCAGCAGCUCAGCGCUCCAGCAGCGGGCCUCCAGCCGCAGGCUGGGUUCAGGAGUUUGACGUGGCUCUGCUGGUGUCGGUCCUGAAGCAGGAGAACGCCUCGGACGUCUGUGUGAUCAGAGUCCCGCCGGAGCUCAAAUACACCGACCACAUGAUCAUCGUGAGCGGAUCCUCACCGCGACACCUCAGCGCCAUCGCAGAGCUCCUGCUCAAAACAUUUAAGUUCCUGCGGAAGGACAAGGAGCCGCACGUACGGCUGGAGGGGAGAGACUGCGACGACUGGAAGUGCAUCGACUUCGGACCGAUGGUGCUUCACCUCAUGCUGCCGGACACCAGACAGAUGUAUGAGCUGGAGAAGCUGUGGACGCUGCGCUCGUAUGACGAACAGCUGAAGCGCAUCCCGCCGGAAACACUUCCCUCAGACUUCAUCUACGACAUCAAACCCACGUGAGCCACGACCCGCUGCUCACAGACUGACGUCGCUGAUGAUCAAUGUAGAAAAAUCAACACUGGCUUCAUAUUGAACAAGGACAAGUCGUCUGAAAUAUCAAGUUUUGAGCUGCUAAUUUUGAAUAAAAUGAGUC